CACAUGUACAUGUGCUGUAAGCCAAUAAUGCCCCCAUAGGGGACUCACGGAGUUAUUUAACCUAAAUAUUUAGACCCAGAUCCAAGCUAGAACUAACCCGAUUUCACUGACCCACGAACACCGCCGCUUUCUAUUUUACUCAGAAAAAAGAACAGCUAAGAAAUCCCUACCCUACCCUCCGUCUCCUCCAAAACUACAUCUCCCACUCUUAUUUGGUCUGCUCCGCUCUGCAUCUGCUCUGCUGCUUCCGCUGCCUCCGCAAGGGUUUAGUAGACUGUGAGGAGCAUAGCUAUUUUUGGAGGCUGGUGGGCUUUUGGAAGAUUUCUUUCCUUUAUGGAUUUAAUGUUGGUCUGCCUGGUCUUAGGGCAGUUAAAUUAAAUUCAAAUCCUUUGUUAUUGCUCUUGGCUGUAGAACCUGCGUUUAGGUUUCAAUCUUGUACUACCGAUGGACUGCAAUAAAGAAGAGGCCAUGAGGGCCAAGGAUAUUGCUCAAAUGAAGAUGAAAAACAGGGAUUUUACAGGGGCCCGCAAAUUUGCUCUUAAGGCUCAAAAGUUAUAUCCUCAUCUGGAGAAUCUAGCUCAAAUGAUAAGUGUAUGUGAUGUCCACUGCUCUGCCGAGCAGAAAUUGUUUGGCAAUGAGAUGGAUUGGUAUGGAAUUCUUCAACUUGAGCAGACAGCUAGUGAUGAAACAAUUAAGAAGCACUACAGGAAAUUUGCCCUCCUACUUCAUCCUGACAAAAACAAUUUUGUUGGUGCAGAAGCUGCUUUUAAGCUGAUUGGGGAAGCUCAAAGGGUGCUCUUAGACAAAGAUAAACGAUAUCAGCAUGACAUGAAACGUGGAGUUCCAGUCAACAAAACUGCUUCAUCAUGUCAUAAUCAGCAGAAGGCUUAUACAAAUUCUAAUUCUUCGGUGAAAACAAAUGUCAGACACAAUUUUACAAACUCAAGUCAUCGUCAGCAGCAAUCCAGGCAGACAGCACAGCAGGGACCAAACAAUAGCCGCCAAACCUUUUGGACUAGCUGUCCAUUUUGCAAAGUGAAGUAUCAGUAUUACAAAGAAGUUUUAAAUAAAUCUCUUCGCUGUCAAAAUUGCCACAAGCCUUUCAUUGCAUUUAAUGUGGAUAAGCAACGCACUUCACGAGCAAAUGAUUCAAGUCGGCCAGAGUCUGGACAACAUAAAGAUGAUCAGCAUCAUGGUACUUCCAAGGAAGGUCCUAGAGCUCAAGGAAAUUUGCAUUCUGAGCGGUCUAAUACAGAAACUUUUGAGAAAAAGGGCUCUGCUAACGUCUCUGGAAAGACCAAUGGAAAUAAAAAGAGGAAGCAGAUGGAGGAGUCAAGUGAAAGUCAUAGUGAAAUUCAUGACGAGGUCAGAGGAAAACAAGCAGCGGGAGGCUCUAAGGAGAUGGAUGAAAAUUCAGAGCAUUCUUAUCCAGAUUUAACCUCCAAAGCAAAAUAUCAUCCAAAUGUUUACUUAUAUCCUGAUGCAGAGUUCAAUGACUUUGACAUGUUCAAGAGAAAAGGAUGUUUUGUUGCUGGGCAGAUUUGGGCUAUUUAUGAUACAGCAGAUGGCAUGCCUAGAUUCUAUGCUUUAAUCAGAAAUGUUCUCUCUCCUGGAUUCAAGAUCAAGAUAAUGUGGUUUGAGCCACAUCCAGAUGACAAUGAUGAAAUCAACUGGGUAAAUGAGGAUUUGCCUGUAGCUUGUGGUAAGUAUAAACCUGGUAGAACUGACAUCACUGAAGAUCAUUUGAUGUUCUCUUAUAUGGUUUCUUUUGAAAACAUUUGCGGCAAUACUUUUAAAGUGUAUCCUAGAAAGGGAGAAAUUUGGGCUCUAUAUAAAAAUUGGGAUAUCAAAUGGUACAUGGAUGUUGAAUCACAUCAGCAGUAUGAAUUUGAGCUUGUUGAAAUUUUGUCAGAUUAUGCUGACGGUGUUGGUUUAUUUGUUGCAUAUUUGUUUAAGUUGAAAGGUUUUGUAAGUCUCUUCUGUCGAAGUAUGAAGGCAAGUAACUGCUCACUUCAAAUUCCGCCAGCAGAGCUAUACAGAUUCUCUCACAGGGUUCCAUCUUUCAAGAUGAACGGUGAAAAAGGUGUAAAUGUUCCUAAAGGAACUUAUGAACUUGAUCCUGCAUGUUUGCCGAUGAACAUUGAAGAGAUUGAUGCUCCAGAAGGUUUGGAUAUGGAGAUUGGUCAUAGUUCAUAUGGAAGUGAGAAUACAACACCUUUGAUGACAUCUGAGGAUGUAUCUGCAGGUAAGGUUAAUUUGGAAAGAAUCAAUUUGAUGAAGGAAACUAAGGAUUCUGUUAAUUAUUCGGUCAACCCUCGUGCUCCCAUAGCUUCUACCUCAGAAGCUAUUGAAGUCCCGGAGUCUUUGUUGUUUGAUUUUGAAGCUGGGAGGUCUUUUGAAAAGUUUCAUGUCGGUCAGAUUUGGGCAUUUUACAGUGACGAGGAUGGAUUGCCGAAGUACUAUGGUCAGAUUAUUAAGAUCAAGACUAGCCCAGAUGUGGAAUUGAAUGUUACUUGGCUUACUUGCUGCUGGCUUCCAGAAAUUACUAUUAGAUGGGAAGAUGAAGACAUGCUUAUUUCCUGUGGCAGAUUUAAAAUUAAUCACACAGUUCAACAGAGUGUUUACAGCAAUACCUCUUCUAUUUCCCAUCUUGUGCAUGCUGAUCCUGUUGGCGAGGGCGAAUAUUAUGCCAUCUUCCCAAGUAAAGGUGAAGUUUGGGCCAUAUAUAAAACAUGGUCAAGUAAAAUCAAAUGUUCUGACUUGAAAAAUUGUGUGUAUGACAUAGUGGAAGUUCUUGGGGGAAACGAUUUGUGGACAGAAGUUCGAGUUUUGGAGUUAGUCAGUGGUUUCAGUUCAGUUUUCAGGAGCCAAUCAACUGUAGAAUUGAGAAUCCCGAGAGAAGAAUUGCUCAGGCUCUCUCACCAAAUCCCAGCUUUCAAACUGACAGAAGAGCAUGGCAAUUUGAGAGGCUUUUGGCAAGUUGAUCCAGGGGCUCUACCAAGCCACUUCAGCUCAAAAUAGAAAGGAGCUACGAAAUAGUUCUAUUGUGUUCAUAAAUCAAUGUAUAGCCUGACAUCAUAGGCAAUUUUGCAGACCAUACUUUUUGUAACUAGAAGAAACUAAUCCUAGUGCGAGUGAAUGCAGUUUGUUGAUAUAUCAGCACUAUAGGUGUAAUAUUGGUCUUGUUUCGGCUACUCUCGAAGGAAGUUUGCAAGAUGAAAACUGGAUUGACCGGUUUAACCGGGAACCAGUCUUUUGGCCGGUCUGGUUGACUUUCCAAAUUGUCUUGCAAAAAAUCGGUUGAACUGGUAAACCGGUUAAAUUCAGCCGAUUUUUCGAAGGGAUGGUUCACUCUUCUUGCAAUCAAAACGGUGUCGUCGUUUAAAAAAAAAUACAGAACACGAGCAACCCCCACCCUUUUCUCUCGCUCUCACUCAGGCAAGAAAAAGCCUAAUCUGUCCCUCUCUUCAAAGAGCAGCCACCAUCCCACUUCAGAGCUCAAACUUAUUGCCGAACCUUCUCUCUCUGUAUGAGUCUUAUUUGUCGCUGCUUCUCCGCUCCUUGCUAUGGGUCUCGACGCUUCUCCGCUCUUUGCCAUGGGUCGUUGCCACUUCUCGCCUUCUCGCUAUGCGUCGUUGUUGCUUCUCCCCUCCUCGCUGUUUUUGGUUGUUGCCCCUUCUUUGCUCCCUGCCAGUCUUGUCGCUGUCUUUCCGCUCUGCACCGUGUCUCUUCGUUGUUGCCUCUCUGCUUCGCGUGGUGUCUAGCAGUCACUGAUGUUCUGCCCUCCGUCGAGUCUCAACCUCUCUCACUUUUUAUAGUUUAUUUCUAUGGCCAAAAUAUUUAAAUUUUCAACCCUCUAGUCUCAAUUUCUAACUCUCUCCAACUCUAUUCCUUUGAAACUUGA